GGGCCCAUCAGCAAUGAGCAUGAGUUCAAUCAGUCUCUCACCAAGCACCAACAGCAUUCUGAGGAAGCUCACUAUACUGAUGUGAUAAAAUUACAUCUUGAGAUCAAUCACAAACUAGCGAUGACGCAUAGCGACCUCCAUCCGCGAAACAUCAUGCUUGAGAUCAAAGCAAUUAUUGAUUGGGAAAUGUGUGGCUGGUAUUCGAAGUAUUGGGAGUAUACAAAAGCCCUAAGCAUCAUUUAUAGGAGUGACGACGGGCUUGGGUAUUGGCAGGUCUAAUUGCCGUCUAAGAUUGGUUCCUGGCCCAGGGGACAUUUGCUCGAUAUACAAUUGAGCGGUUGGCACGGUUGAGAAUGACACGGCCGU